GAAGGAGCGCGAGGGCGGCGCCGCCAUCUUGGCCCGGUCGCGCUUGUCGCGCCUGUCGCGAUCCGCGGCGGCCCCGAGCGGGGCUCUGGGGCCGCCCCGCCAUGGCCACCAACCUGGGCGACCAGCGCGAGUGGGCCGCCCCGUUCGCGCUCGGUCCCGGUGCCGGCCCCGCGCGGGAGGAGCCGCCGGCGCCCCCAGAGAACCCCGAGUGGGAGAAGGCCCGGCAGGCCCUGGCCAGCAUCAGUAAAGCCGCGGCCGGGGGAGCCAAGGGAGCGGGGGGGGCGGGCGGCGGCGCGCAGUACGCCCCCCCCGCUCAGGGGGACCCCUCUCUGCAGCAGGCGCAGCCCCCCCAGUACUACCAGUGGUACCAGCCCUACGGGGGGGGCUACUACCCCUACGGAUACUACUACCCUGUGCAGGGGGUGUACCCCAGCUAUGGGGCCCCCACCGCCCCCUACGCCGCGGGGGGAGGGGGCUCCUACGCCCCCACCCCCCCCCAGCAGCAGCCCCCCGCCCCCCCCCCAGCAGCAGAGUGGCCUGGGCCAGCAGCCCCCGGUGCCCGGCCUGGACGAGGCGUCGCCAUUUGGGACCCCCCAGCCCCCCCCAGCCGCUCCCCCCCAGCCCCCUCCCCACUCUCUGGGGGGUCUGGGGGUGCGGGGGGGGCGGGGGGGGGCACAGGGAACCCCCCGGGGGCCUCCACCCCCUACCCCUCCCCCCACUACAGCGAGGGGCCCCCCCCGAAGGGCAAGAAGGGGGGGGGGCAGCUCUGGAGCCGCAUGAAGCAGGCUCCAGGUUCGGGGGGUCUCAAGUUCCAGCUGCCCAAGCGUCCCUUCGUGCUGCCCCCCCCCGGCCUUUGGGGAGCAGCCCCGGGGGGGCGGCGCCUUCGGGAGCCCCCCCGGCCCCGAAAAACUCCACGGGGGGCACGGGAAUUUGGGAAUCUCAAAGGGAGACAAAAAAAAAUCAGCAAGGACCCCCGGGGCCCCCCCAGGGGCAAGCCCGAGGACUGGCCCCCCGAGAUGAAGGCGUACGUGCAGCGCUGCUUCACGGCCUGCGAGUCCGAGGAGGACAAGGACCGCACGGAGAAACUGCUCAAGGAGCUGCUGCAGGCACGGCUGCAGGACGGCUCCGCCUUCACCAUCGACUGGAGCAGGGAGCCCCUGCCCGGGCUGAGCCGUGAGGGUCCCUCCAGCCCCAAGAAGAAACGCUGGGAGCUUCCCCCGCCCCGCCCCAGCCCCUCCCCAGCCCCAGGACCCCCCCAAAAUCCCCCCCAGCGCCCCGCGGGGUCGGGGGGGCCCCCCCAGACUCAGAGGGGGGGUCCCCGUUCCCGCGGGGGGGGCGGGGGAGGGGCGUUCCCCACCAAAUUUGGGAACCGCAACGUGUUCAUGAAGGAGAACAGCUCCUCGUCCAGCGGCUCCCGCUCCCGCUCCCGCUCCUCCUCGCGCUCACCUGGGAGGCACUGCCGGCGCAGUGACUCCGACUCGGACUCGUCGGGCUCCGGGGCCGAGGCUCGGCCCGGGGGGCGCAGGGGGGGCCCCCCCAAACCUCGGGGCCGGGGGGGACCCAUGGAGAGGGGGAGAGCCAGGGCCCAGCGAGGAAAGAGGCCCGAGCCGGGUCCCCCCCGCCGUCCCCGCCGCCGUCCCCCCCCCGACCCCGAGGACCCCGAGCGGGAGCUGCGGCGCCAGCGCCGGGCCCAGCGCUUCCAGGGCGGGGCCGGGAACCCCAAAAAAACCCCCAAAAACCCUCCCCCUCCCCCGGGCACCCCCCCCGCGCCCGGCCCCUCCCCCCCCGACGGCCUCGACUGGGACCAGCUCAAGAUUUUGGGAACCUGCCAGGAGGUGACCAAGAGGUACCUGAGGCUCACCUGCGCUCCUGACCCGGCCACCGUGAGGCCUGUGCCGGUGCUGCGGCAGGCUCUGGCCCUGGUCCGCUCCCACUGGACCCAGCACCGCGACUACGCCUGGGCCUGCGAGCAGCUGAAAUCCCUGCGGCAGGACCUGACGGUCCAGGGCGUCCGCACCGAGUUCACGGUGGAGGUUUACGAGACCCACGCCCGCAUCGCUCUGGAGAAGGGUGACCACGAGGAGUUCAACCAGUGCCAGACGCAGCUGAAGGCGCUCUACGGCGAGAACCUGCCGGGCUGCGUGGGCGAGUUCACGGCGUACCGCAUCCUCUACUGCAUGUUCACCAACAACUCCGGAGAGCUGACCACAGAGCUGGCCCUGCUGCCGCCGUGUCUCCGCUCGGACCCCUCGGUGUCCCACGCCCUGGCCCUGAGGGCCGCCUGGGCCCUGGGGCUCUACAGCCGCUUCUUCCGCCUGCACGGCUCGGCCCCGGCCAUGGCCCCGCGUCUCAUCGACCUGUUCGCCGAGCGCGAGCGGCGCCGGGCCCUGCGCGCCAUCCUCAAGGCCUACCGCCCGGCGCUGCCGACGGCCCAGCUGGGGCCACUUAUGGGGCUGGAGCCCCCCGAGCGCCGCCGCUUCCUGGGGGGGCUGCCCCUCACCUUCACCGGGCCCGACCGCGGCGCCAUCGACUGCCGGCAGAGCCUGGCGGCCCUGCCCCACAUCUGACCC